CAACUCGAGAAGAAGUGCAACUUUCGGUGAGAUCCAGACGCUCCUUCACUGAGGUGAUGUGGAUGCUGCUGACACGUCGGUGCUCAACUGGUCUCCAAGUGGCGCUUUUUAGGACCUCAGGAGGAAAUUUUGCACGAUGAGCGACCGGACUAUUUUAUCACUGAACAUAAAUCGCGUUUUUAAUCGGAAGCAUGGAAUUAUGGGAUUAUUUAAAAAAUCAUUAUGACAAUUCUCCCAAUAUUUUUCAUUAGCCUUUUCUUGUUAAUUAAAUAGACCUGUGAAAAUGAUCAAAUGUGUCAUGUUUAAAGUCCAAAUCGAGUAUUGGGUAUUGCAAUAAAUCCUGAAACUUUGAUAUUAUAUUAAGUGAUAACACUAGACAGUUUUGAUUUAAAUCGUUAAUCCGAGUUUAUCCGGAUCCCGUUGGCCCGUAUGGGAUUGAGGCACUCAUCGCGGUGCCUGCUCCUGAGGAGAAAGAUGGCGGAGGUGGAGAGCUCAGAGCAGCACCGCCAGCAGAAGCAGCAGGACAAACGCAUUUCCACUGUGCCCUCAUCACAGAUGUCUUUGCAACCAUCUCCACUACCAAAGCCAGUGACCUCUGUGCACCAUGUUCCACACCCCCCACAUACUCCGCAUGUCUCUGCACUAUCCACAUGUCCCGGUCGAGGCAAGAUGGCCAAGUUGCUCAACCUGGAGGAGAUGACUUCACGGGACUACUACUUUGACUCCUAUGCCCACUUUGGAAUUCAUGAGGAGAUGCUAAAGGAUGAGGUGAGGACACUGACCUAUAGAAACUCCAUGUACCACAAUAAGCACAUCUUUAAGGAUAAGAUUGUUCUAGAUGUUGGAAGUGGAACUGGAAUCCUCUCUAUGUUUGCUGCCAAGGCAGGGGCCAAGCAUGUGUAUGGGAUCGAAUGCUCCAGUAUAUCAGAAUAUUCAGAGAAAAUCAUAAAAUUAAAUCACCUGGACAGUGUUAUUACCAUCAUUAAAGCCAAGGUGGAGGAGACAGAAUUACCAGUAGAUCAGGUGGACAUCAUAAUUUCAGAGUGGAUGGGCUACUGUCUUUUCUACGAGUCUAUGCUGAAUACAGUCAUCUAUGCCAGGGACAAAUGGCUGAAGCCUGGGGGCUUCAUGUUUCCAGACAGAGCAACAUUAUAUGUAGUCGCCAUUGAGGACCGGCAAUACAAAGACUUUAAAAUUCACUGGUGGGAGAAUGUCUACGGUUUUGAUAUGACGUGUAUUCAGAAUGUUGCUAUGAUGGAGCCCCUGGUAGAUAUAGUAGAUCCAAAACAAGUUGUGACUAACUCUUGCCUCGUUAAGGAGGUGGACAUCUACACGGUUAAGACUGAAGACCUGUCAUUCACAUCGGCCUUCUGCCUGCAGAUUCAGAGGAAUGACUAUGUUCACGCCCUUGUCACGUACUUCAACAUUGAGUUCACAAAGUGUCACAAGACAACUGGCUUUUCAACAGCCCCUGAUGCUCCAAGUACUCACUGGAAGCAGACAGUGUUUUAUCUGGAGGAUUACCUAACUGUGCGAAGAGGAGAGGAAAUCCUGGGCAGCAUCACUGUGAAGCCCAACGAAAAUAACGAGCGUGACUUGGACUUCACCUUUGAGCUUGAUUUCAAAGGACAGCUUUGUGAUGCAGCCAUCUCCCACGACUACAAGAUGCGGUAAAGCUUAUCCUGGGUUGGAGUGUGAUUUCCCACAGAGAUUCAACAGAGG